AGACGUCAGACAGGCAACCAGCGAUCACGUGACACGAGCCGCCAUUAGAUCACGUGACAAACAACGUGACUCGUUAGUUUUCCAUUGUAAAUUGCAGGAGUCCUAGAAACGUUUGAGUAUUUCUGAGAGGUGUCCGUGUUUCAGCUUCAGAAUGAUGAAGGCAUUGCUGCUUGCUCUGCUCCUGGCUGUGUGUUGGGAGUCAGUGAGGUCCAGGGGCUGUUCUUCAUUCUUCUGCAGGAAAUCACAUCGUGUGAGUGCAGGAUCUGGACCAGACCCUGGAAAACCACUCUUCCUCAGUCCAUAUCUGGAACAAGGCAAGAUAGACGAAGCUAGAAAGCUGAGCUUGGUGGGCCCUUUACCUGGUGCGAAUGUGAAGAGUUACUCUGGAUAUCUCACAGUCAACAAAAGCUACAACAGCAACCUCUUCUUCUGGUUCUUUCCUGCACAGAUUAAACCAGAGACUGCUCCUGUGCUGCUGUGGCUGCAGGGAGGCCCUGGAGGCACGUCUAUGUUUGGCCUUUUUGUGGAACAUGGACCUUACUUUGUCUAUAAAAAUCUCACGUUGGGCUACAGGGAGUUCCCCUGGACUUCCAGAUACUCAGUUCUGUACAUUGACAACCCAGUGGGCACUGGAUGGAGUUUCACUGAUGACGAUCGAGGCUUUGCCAAAAACCAGGAUGAUGUUGGCAGAGAUCUCUACAAUGCACUGCUUCAGUUUUUCCAGCUUUUUAGUGAGUUUCAGCCGAAUGAAUUCUACGCCACAGGAGAGUCCUAUGCUGGAAAGUAUGUUCCAGCGAUUGGCUACUACAUCCACAAGAAUAAUCCUUCUGCCAAAGUGAAGAUCAACUUCAAGGGAGUGGCAAUUGGAGAUGGUCUCUGUGAUCCUGAGGUGAUGGUGGGAGGUUUGGCAGAUUUCCUGUAUCAAACAAGCAUGGUGGAUGAGCUGCAGAGGGAGUAUGUGCAGCAGCAGACAGACGCUUGUGUCAAACUCAUCCAGCAGGAGAAAUGGACCGAAGCCUUUGAGGUUUUCGACAGCUUAUUGAAUGGAGACCUUGCUCCUUAUCCAUCAUUCUUCCAGAAUGCUACUGGGUGCACAAACUACUUUAACUACAUGCAGUGUCGGGAGCCUGAAGAUCAGGAGUACUUUAGCAAGUUUGUGACACUGUCUACAGUGCGAAACUCGAUCCACGUGGGCAAUCUGACCUUUCACGAUGGCUCUGAGGUGGAAAAACAUCUUCUCCAGGAUGUCAUGAAGUCCAUCAAACCCUGGCUUGGUGUCCUUAUGGACAAUUACCGGGUGCUAAUGUACAGCGGGCAGCUGGAUGUGAUCGUAGCAGCUCCACUGACUGAACGCUUCCUACCCACGGUGAACUGGAGCGGGGCGGAUGCGUAUAAAGAAGUUGAUCGCUUCUAUUGGAAGCUCCAGCCAAGUGACACUGAGAUAGCGGGAUACAUCCGGCAAGUGGAAGAGUUUUACCAGGUAAUUGUUAGAGGGGCAGGACACAUUUUGCCUUAUGACCAACCAGCAAGAGCUUUUGAUAUGAUCGACAGAUUCCUCUCCACAAAAGGAUUUGCCUGAUUUUCUCCACAUGGUGUUAGAAUGUUUUUAAUCACAUGGUUUUGAUUUAUCACAGCCAUAACUGUUAAUUCAUUACUCAUUAUAUUAGAAUCACCACCAAAUGAAGCAGAGAUUGUCUGCUUGACCUUUUAAUGAUGCUGUAAAUGAUUGUCAGGGAAUGUACAGAUUUGUUUUUGACAUUAGCUUUUGAAUAAAGUGAUUUUUUUUUUUUUUUUUUUUAAACAUCUGUUUGGGUACUUUUUUAUUUAUUACAGUGCAUCCAGUAUUCACAGUCCUUCACUUUUUCCACAGUUUAUGUUACAGCCUUAUUCCAAAAUUUAAUUAUUUUUCUCAAAACUCUUCAAACAAUACCCCAUAAUGACAACGUAAAUGUUUGAAAUCUCUAAAAAAAAAAAAAAAAAAACGGAAAAAGAAAAUCACGUACAUAAUUAUUCACAGCCUUGUGUGUGUACAUCAUCACAAUGAUUUUGUUUGAUUUGUACAGUCAAAUGGACUAUGUUGUUUGUUCAACGAUCCCGUUUCUGUAUGUAUUGUGUAAGCAUUAUUUGCUUUCAUCCUCCAAAGCUGAAAGCGAAUGAGAAUUGGCAUCAAUAAUAAUUGGAUAAAUAAAACAAUAACAAAAUAAA